UAUCGCAGAGUUUUACGACUUGGUGUGUCAAGACUGUGUUUAUGGAGUGAAUUGGGAAGCGGUCACCGAGAACGCCAAUGGGGUGCAUAGCAUUUUCAUCCCGCGCAUCACACCCAGUGGCCCCAGCCUCUCGAUGGAGGACACGCUCAACGCACAAAAGCGGGUUUUUGGCAGGAGUAAUCCCAGUAGAGAAGAAGGCCACGCAGCAGGUGAACAAGGGGUUCUACUUGAGGCACAAGAAGAUGAAAAACGACCAGUUGUAGUUGAAACUGAUCAAGCAGGUCAACAUAUUGUUGAACAACAGCGAAAAACUGGUAAACGAUACAGGCGUAUAUCGAAC